AUGUUAGCAACAACUUCACCAAACUCGUUAGUCAUGAACCCAACUUCAAUGUUAGUAAAGAUGAAAAACUUCAUUCCUUCUUCAUAUACUUUCGAAACAAAAAUCCAGAAGAUAAAGCAAGAACUUUUAACAAGUAAUUUAGACUGUAGUGCGAAAGAUGAAACAAAUGAACAGUAUCUUUAUGAAAUGCAGGACAUUAUUGACCAUUUACCCAAAUUGCCUGAAAUCCAACAACAAAAACUCACUAUUCCUGAAUUCGACGAAAUUGAAGUUAAAGUUACUGACUCAGUAGAAAUAAAGAAGUUCAUACGAAAGGUAAAUUAUGAAUUCCUUGGUUUUCAUUGCAACCAUAAAGUUAUGGACAAAGAUUGCGACAUGUUAUAUAAGAACAUCUCUGACCUUUACAAAUCCGAAGAAUUUAA